UUCCCCAACUGGGUUCGUGGGGAGUACGAUUCGCUUACAGUAACCGCUGACUGGCUACAGUACGCUCAGCUGGGCGAAGGCACGGUUGCUGUUGUAUCCAGAUGUGUACAAGUCAAUGAAGAUAGAAUAAUGGUGUACUCAGAGACAAAAUGCGGUGAACCUAUAGGACAUCACUGCUUAUGGUUUGCACCUCGUAGCGAAAGUGUCAUUGAAUUCAAAACGACCACUCCACGUGAAGAUUCCAACUCGAGUGCAUUGCUUCAUUCAUUUCCAUUAUCAUUUAGUGCUGACGAUGAAUUCGCUGAAUGGCCAUGGACCGCGGCUGUCAUUAACAACGCUCAUCCAACAUCUUGUGGAAUAAUGGGGCAAUAUGCAACACCAUCGGAUUUACGUACCGAAGAUUGCUAUAGCGUCAACAUUGGCUGCAGCGAUCCUUCUCGUAUGAAAAUCACCGCUUCACAUUGCGCUACUGGAGCAGUAUUCGACUGUGAGUCAACAAGUCGUGUUGUGAAAGUCGCAAUUUUCCGAGCUUUUGAAAAUAAUCAAGAAAAUUCUAAGUAG